UACGAGAUAUUAGGGCGGGUAGAAGUCAAAUAGAUCAAGCUAUCAACAAGACUGUGAUAGCGGGAACUAGUUGUAUCAGGCAGUCGAUCUCAAGUGAAGCUAGAGAGCUUCAAAUGCUUCUUCAUUGGUGUCAUUGCUAGCUUACAAUCUGCAAAAUCCCCCUCACGAAGUAAAUCCAAAACAUACUUGUGUUUUGGAUUGACAAAUAAUCCAUAAGAUGAACGUUGAAUCUCCAACCCAAGGAAAUAGGAAAGGUUUCCCAACUCCUUAAGAUGAAAAGCUUGAUGAAGAAACAGGGUGAGAUUUUGAAUGCCACUAGCAUAACUUCCAGUAAAUGAGAAGAACAACGAGGCCAUGAAUAAUAGUUUGAAGAAACAAGAACGAGUCAUUAGCACUCUGAACAAAACUAGCUUGCAGAAUGGUAUGGUGGAACUUCUCAUCAAACCAAGUGUGCAACGCCUGUUUCAAAUAAUAUAAAGAGCAAUUUAGAAGACAAACCAUAUAAGGAUCACCCUUAGUGUAGCCCGGAGGUCGCUCCAUAAAAAUGGUUUCUUUCAUAUCACCAUGCAGAAACACAUUUUUUACGUCUAGUUGAGUCAACGUCCAAUUACAUAAAGUUUCCAUGGGCAGAAUAAUUCAAACGGUUUUCAUCUUUGCUACGGGCCAAAUGUCUCAUCAUAGUCGUUACUAAAAUCUUUUCGAAAAACUUGCGCGACAAGUCUUGCUUUAUAUAUAUCCAAAGAACCAUCCAGAUGUAAAUUCACAACAACAAAAAACCCAACGAUUUCCACUACUACUAGGUCCGAAGGACGGGGAACAAGCUGCCAAGUCUUUCGAGCCUCGAAGAAAUAGGGAUUGAAGGAGGAUCGCAUGGCAGCAUCCCUAAACUCAAUACCACAUACCUUUAAAUAAGAAGUAGGAAUAGGGAUUGAAGGAGGAUCAACGGAAAAGAAACAAAAUCAUUGUGACUCGAAGAAAGAUUUAUCAUUUCCUAUAAAGAAAUUGCUUGCCCACAAGCACAUAUGUCCUAUGAAUGAGUUCGAAUAUUUAGAUUUCUUAUUAGGUGGGAUAUAGUAAUAAGAUGAGUAAGACAUCCUUGGUCGGUGCAAGUUUGGCCAAAGUUUGCCUGUGUCGAGUGGCGAUGAAGGACAACUUUUUGGGCGGGUACUAUUGGGCUCUAGUGAGAGCUUGGGGAAGACGAAGUUGAUGUAGAGGAUGAAGAUGAAUGAGGAGAGGAUGGUCCUAAGGAGGAACCAUACAAACUACUAUAUGAGGAGAGGUUUCUCGCGUAGGAGUCGAACGAGCUACCAGAAGAGCUUGACACGAAAUCAAGCGGAUGCGCUGGGAAGGUGGUCGAGUUUGAUCGAGAAGAAGAAAGUGGCAAGAUGUAGAUUCAUGGCGUGAUAGUGGAAGACGUUAUCCAUGAAGACCACAAGACAAGAAAGUCGCAUGCGACGAGAAAAUACAUCGUAGCAUAGAUAGUCUUUCGAUCAAUCAAUAUACCCAACAAACACACACUUAGUGACCUUAGGAUUCAAAUUGUGACACUCCUUUUUAGUUAACAAAACAUAACGUGUACAUCCAAACACCUUCAACCAUCGAUAAUCUGGAUGUUUCCCGAAUAAAGUGAAGACUAGUGAGUUCUUAUCAAGGACGGGAGUAACCUGUUGAUUAAUCAAAUACACCACUGAGUGAACAGCUUCGACCUAAAAAUCCCAAGGAACAUGUGAAUGUUUCAGGAGUGCACGAGUAAGUUCAUGUACAUGACGAUGCUUGCGUUCCACAAGAUUGUUAUAAUGGGAGACACCCAGACAUGACUAUUGAGAUAAAAUCUCAUACUUUUAUAUCAAUUCUACAGCAGUGCAUAAUUGAAUUCCCUGCUAGGAUCUGAACGAAUAAUCUUUACAGUCUUGCCAAACUGGGUAUGAACCAUAUGAAUAAACUCAUUCACUAUAUUGCAUAAAUUUGACUUAUGUUUUAAGCAAAAAAAAACCAGCUAUAGUGAGUCACAUUAUCAAUACAAAGAGCAAAAUAUCGAUAUUCCAUACGUGAAGUAACAGGAGACAGACCCCAAAGUUCUGUAUGUACCAAAUCAAAAGCACUGGAGUACAAAAAUGCAUAACCAAAAGUUAUGCACCCUAUCCUACAUGUAAGUGGAAUAUUGGUUCCAUUUGGUUACACAUAACUUAACUAUAAAGAUCAAAAACCUGAAACAAGCCAUUUUCUUGAAAUCGAAACCUUUAAACCCCUUAACGGUUCAGUUUCAAGAAACCAUAAACCUAACGAAUUCAAUAAUGGAUGUUAGUAUAUUGGGAUUGUGACUUUCGAUUUCCUAUAGAUUUUUCGAUUUUAAUCAAAUCAAAUUGAUACAUACAAAACAAUUUGGAACUAAAAAAUCGAUAAAAAACACAUUAACGAUUUAUUUUUUGUCUACAUAAACCGUAAAAUGAAAACCUAAAUAUCCUAAUCCAGUCCUACACCACACAUUAGUAUAGUAGAGGCUAGAGAGUACAGAGUAGUAAUGAACGUGGAUCUUUUUAGUGAUAGGUUGGUUAACUAUUAGGUCGGUCCUUACGGCCGCUACCAUCCUCGAAGCAAAGCUCCCCAACUACUAAAAAUCUGGCGCUCGCAUUAAAAGCCAUUUACAGCCCCUCGCCCGCCUCUCACAGUCCCGCAAUCAAUCAAAGACCCUCAGCCACCUAGCUAGAGCCCAAUCUUCCUACGUACUGACUGUGCACUGGAUGGACAAUGGGACUUGGCAUAUCUCAAAGCGAACUACAACCACCGAAAUCAAAUGAAAUCUUCAUCCAAUUCUAUUCCUUGUAGCUAGAGUAGAUACAUCUGAUCUUUAGGUUCGCUUCAUUCUUAAUUAAUUAGCACCAAUUUAAUUUCUCAAGUCUCGACCGUAUCCCAUCUUUUGACCACCCACCCUCACGUCCCCAUCAAAUAUAAUAACUCCAUGCAUCCAUACACCAUAAACACAACUUGUAGCUCACUAGCUAGCUGCCUCUAUCCCCAUCUAUUACUUUCCUAGUAUUCCUCUCUCAUCCCAUUCAAGCAGUUGAGAGAAAAAGAGAGAACCAAAGAUGCAAACUUCCCAACUGCUAAGCGUUUCCAACUUGGCGACGAAAUGCGGCAAGGACUUGGAGAGCGUGAUGACGUGCCUGAGCUUCGCGCAGGAGAAGCAGAGCUCGCCUUCCAAGGAGUGCUGCGCUUCCACCAAGAACACCAAAGACAAGGUUCCCGAGUGCCUGUGUGCUUCAGCUCCCCACUGCUUGCCACCUACAGAAUGCCAGCGUCAGCAACCUCUUAACUCACUGCUUCUUCUACUUCAUUUUGAAAUGAAGCUCUAAUUCUCGAGGAUGCUUCCAACACUGAACUUCAUCAGGCGAAUUGUUAAAUGGCUCCCUGCUAAUACACCUUACCCCUAAUUAUACAACAAUUUUAUCACUCGAACCAGAGCAGCACAAGUCAUCACCGGAACCAAACCCAGGUUCGCCCAUUUCACGUUUCAGAAGAAAGCUUUGUGGAAAGCAACCGGUAAACAAUCAAAUCAAAAGCUCCUGCAAUCACCCACGACUCCAUAACUAGCAGACAAAGGGAAUCAAUUGUGCAUUGUUGUUAAAACCUCAAAUCCCAAGUUUCAGGGUAAAGGACAGAGUUCAAAACCAUCCCCAGUUUGAACUUGAUUAUGAACACAUGCAAUCAUCAAAUAUUGGAAACCACAUUGUUUUUACCCUUCAUCCUAAGUCUUAAGUCCCCAUUUUAGUUACCGGACGCGAAUAUCUUACUUGAAUUACCACUCAAAGACUAAAUUAUUUCUCGUCACGUUUGUUUUUCGUCUUCCUUCACAGAAACAGCUUCAGCGAAGCUCUUCGACAUCUUCUUGAUGACAUCACUGGGAAGUGACACCACGCGACCCGGUGGGCUAGCCGACUUCGGAGGAGAUGCAGCAGAAGGGGCAGCUGCAGAGGAUGGUACGUUGGCCUGCUGCUGCUGCUGCUGUCUCGAUGACUUACGGACCUGCAUUGUCUUCUGCCUCUCCUCGUAGAACUCAAAAUCAUCCAGUAUGGAUGAAUGGCUCACGUACUUGUUGAAUAUGGUCAACAUCUCAAUCCCAUGAUCCAACUGAACCUGCAACGGUUUUUGGAUGGUGGAAGUAUUAAUGUGCGAACAUGGCAGAUAAUUGACAACAGUGAUCAAAUCUUGCUAAACAGGUGUUUGUCCUUUAACAGUAUAGAACAACAGUGAUCUGCUAAAGACGCAAAGUAAUGGAACAGUGACAUUGUUGGCAAAUAUAUCGUGUGAUCAUGUGCGAUUAUCCGUGAAGCCAUUCUAACUUAGUUUGGCUAAGUUCUAUCCUAGCACUGACAAUAGCAGGGGAGGACUAUCAAUUCCUUAAAAAAUGCACAAAAGGUUUGCUCUAGACGAAAAAUUCCAGCAUACAAGGGUCAUAGAGAACAUUCUUCCUAAGCAUGGAUCGACCUCAUUAGUAAUUAUUUGGAAGGAACUUCAAACACAGGAAAGAGAAAGGGGUAGUCACCUUAAAAUUCACAGUACAAUGAGGUAAAGCCAGAAACGAAUACUCAUGUGGACCUUAAUUAAGCUGUUUUCCCACAACACUAAGUCAUAAAAGAAAGAGCCAUUCUUUAUGGAAUAACAGUAACAAAAGUUUGGAAACCAAAGGAAGGCUUACCUCUUGAGUAUCUCUGCUAUUAGUGACAGGUUUGUUUUCAUUACUUUGGAGGAUAAUGUGACGAAACUGACUGUUGGGGACAUCUUUGAUUACAUGCCACUUCACAGGGAAUUGUCCAGUCCAUUUGUCCUGCUGCCAGUAGUCCACACUUUUCUCAAAGUCCACUGGUCCAAUCAUCUCAGCCACUCCACAGAACUGAGCACUAGCAUUGACCUGUGCAUAGCAAAUAUUGAAGAUUGUCAGAAGGCAGGUAAACUCCAUGCAUUAUGAUGCAUCUGGAAAGAGACCAUGAAAGAGGACAAGUAGCUUAAAAGCAUUGUCAUAUGCAUCCCGCCUCCCCCAAAAACUACUCAUUUCAGCCAACAUCUCCCAAAAACUUGAAAAUUCUCAGAUGCCAAAUAAUUGUCGAAGUUCACAGUUGCACUAACAAUAGAGAAGGGACUGAUGUUGGUUUUGGUUAACACGAGACCAGAACCACAUAAAUUUUGAUCAACUGAAACUAAUAUUUGAUUUGCGGUUAUAAUUAACUAGACUUCAUACACAGUACUACUGAAAGUAAGUAAAUGAAGCAAAAAUGAUAGG